UCAUUGUUUACAUUUUUUGGGCUGUCUGACGUGCAAGGAAGAAAGAGACACAGAUAGCCUUUUCAGCUACAGAGAGCCAAACAGAAAAAACAAAGCAGACAAAGAUUAAACCUGUCACUUAACUAUCCAAAUAACAUUGCCCCAACGUGGUAAGUUGAUCUGAUUAUUGUCAAACAUUUGUUUAAUUGUGUAAACGGACGUUGUGUUGUUUUGAAGAUGUAAACUAUAGUUGUUUUGCAUAAAAGUGAAAUACGUUUUCCCGCAUGGGUUUUCAAAGGAGAUAUGUCGCUGUAUUCAAUCAGAAUAUCUGUGAGAUGCACAAAUUCGGUUUAAUUUUGUGUUUAGAUCUGUAAGAUCCUCAUAAUGUGUAAUCUGAUGUGUUGUUGCAUUUGUUUAGAGUAUAAAGCUAAGCGUCUUGACAGUUUAUCAACCUGGAAAAUGUAAUGUUAGAGAUUGUAAAGUGUUUAAAUGCUGAAUUUGAAUCUCAGAGUUAUAAGUGAUUAAUCUAGCACAACCUUAAAUGUGAGUUAUUCAGACGGUUUAUAGUGAAAGGUUCUAAAUUUGUGUUUAUUUGUAUUAUGAUCUUAAAUAUUGUAAUUUCAUUUUAUUUACAGUUUAACCGGCUGUCAUUAGGCUGUGUAUAGCCAGAGGGCAAUAAAAAAAAACAACUACAACAAAACAACAAGUUUAUGUUAUUCGUAACAUAAAGUUAAACACGUCGGCAACAUGUCCAACAAAGAAGAGUCUGAGGGAGAAGCAGACCUCGCGACACUGAGGAGAAGGCGAGGACAAGCCAAAGCAGCCAUAACUAAAAUGAUUACAGCUGCAAAUAUAAAGAUAAGAGAAAAUGAGCCUGAAGAGUUGAAGGCAGUACUGGAGAGCCUUGACCUAGCUGUCACUCGACUCCAGGAAACACACAGACUUUAUCAUGAUAGGCUCACUGAUGAUAUUGACAAAGAAGAGUCGGAAGCCUAUGAGAAGGUCAUCUUGAUGAGUGUUCAUGAUGUGCGCCACAAUGCUUUAGCCUGGCUGCAAGAAGUUUACACUCCUGGUGAAGUUGAUGAUCAGCUAAUUGCUGGUGAAUUGGACAUCAUAAAUCAAACUCCUCCAGAUGACACGGAUGAUGACAACCCCAUGUCAGCUGAGCUAGAAAACCUACGUGCCUUACGAAAGAAAGAACAAGAAAACUUUGAGCUAUUGCUUCGGCGCAACAAAGAGGAGUUUGAACUGGAACUCCAGCGAAUGCAUCACAAGGCCGAGCUAGAUGCACAGAUAUUACACAAUCAACAAAAGAUACAAGCUGUAACAACAGAUCUAUAUUCUACACCUAAGGCUGGCAAGAGCCCAUCAACAACACGACCAUCACUGUCACCAAUAUCAGAAGAUUCAAUCUCACACCUGCUUGAAUUAUCAAGGCAGCAGUAUCAGGCCCAAGUGGACUCCCUGAGGCUCCCACCAACUAACAUGAUAAAGUUCAAUGGUGACCCCCUUCAGUACUGGAAGUUCAUGAGGCUUUUCACCACAAUGGUGGACAAAGAGUCUGUUGCUGCAGAAGAGAAGUUAACUCGUCUACACCAGUACACUGAAGGAAAAGCUCAAGAUGCUGUUAGUCACUGCUUAUACAAUCCCGAUCCCAGUGCAGGCUUCAAGGAAGCACUCGAGCGACUAAAAACAAGAUUUGGAAAUCCUCAUACCAUCUCCCAGGCUUGGGUUGAGAAGGUUUUGAACUUUAAAGAGAUAAGAGACAAUGUGCAACUCAGAGAUUUUGCGGACCAACUGAGAGGCUGCAAAGAUACACUUUCUGCUAUGAAAUGUGAGGAAGAGCUCAGUGGUCGCCGCACAUUGGUUGAAAUCAUCAGUAAACUACCACCAGAUCUCAGGUCCAAAUGGUUAAAUGUAAACUACGAUAUCACUAAGGGGGGACGUCUACCUAAACUUGAGGACGUUGUCAACUUUGUUGAGACAGAGGCUGAGAAGAGAUCUGACCCAGUCUUUGGUGGCAUAGUGAGUUACAAGAAGCAGGAGAAACCAAGCAAUGUUAUGUUAUCCACCAAAAGCUCAAAGAAACCUCGGCCAAACUACUCUGCAAAUGUUAAGGCAGCUGCAGUUCAAGAGAACAAGUUUACACCCACCAAACGGCCAGUUAAUUCAAAAUGUCUAAAGUGUUCAGAGCUCCACUUCCUGAACCAGUGCCCAGCUUUCCGAUCACUGACUGUGCCAGAACGCCUCAUGUUUGUUCAGGAGAAGCACCUGUGCCAAAACUGUUUCAUGAUGGGUCAUAGUGCUGAGGUAUGCACACGCAAUUGGGUAUGCAACGUACCUGGCUGUGGACAGAAACAUAACAAAUGGCUACACCCAAACCACACUAACAAGCAAAAUACAGCAGCAAGUCAGAAUGCCACGGGUGACAAUAAAACAACUCAACAAACACAAUCUACCCAAUCACCUAACGUCACUUGUGGAUUUGCUGGUGCUGGAAAUGGUAAAGUUUGCUUACCUAUUGUUCCUGUGGUUGUUAGAGGCAAAGCUAGCAACAUCAGUUCUGUCACAUAUGCAUUGCUUGACCCUGGAGCCAACACAAGUUUAGUGUCAGAAGAACUUACAAAGAAACUCAAGGUCAAAGGCAAACCUGCAAGGCUGGAUCUUGCCACAGAAGCAUCAUGUCAGUGAACUCAUCAUAUGGCACUUCCACAAACUCACAGGUCAUUCAGGUGUUGAGAGGGUCCUCUCUGAGAUUAGGCAAUCCUUCUGGAUUGUCAGAGGACGCAUCACAGUGAAACGAGUCCUAGCACGGUGCAUACCAUGCAAAAGGCACAGAGCUCCAAUCAGUACGCAGUACAUGGCCGACCUACCAGCCGAUCGUGUGACUCCAAGUCAACCACCUUUCACCAGUGUUGGAGUCGAUUACUUCGGUCCCAUUAACAUCAGAAGGGGACGCGGUGAGGUGAAGAGGUAUGGUUGCCUGUUCACUUGCCUAACAACCAGAGCCAUUCAUUUGGAGGUAGCGCACAGUUUGGACACAGAUUCCUUUAUAAAUGCUCUUCAGCGUUUCAUGGCUCGUCGGGGAACACCUCAAUUGAUGCGCUCGGACAACGGAUCAAAUUUCGUUGGUGCCCGCAGUGAACUACAGAAAGCGCUGGAUGAAUGGAAUCAACAAAAGAUUGAAGAACAUCUGCUCCAAAGAGAAACACAAUGGAAGUUCAACCCCCCAGCAGCCUCACACAUGGGAGGUGUAUGGGAGAGGCAAAUCCGAACAGUGCGUUCAAUCCUCAUGGGCCUUACAGGACAACAGACUCUGGAUGAUGAAGGAUUAAUGACACUCUUCUGCAUCAUUGAAAAAAUUGUCAAUGGACGACCACUAACAAAGCUGUCAGAGGACCCAAGAGAUGGUCAGCCUCUGACUCCUAACGAUUUGCUUCUGUUAAGACCUGAGUGUUCUCUACCCCCUGGUCACUUUGUGAAGCAGGAUCUGUACCGUCGACGCUGGCGCCAGGUCCAGUACUUGGCGGACAUUUUCUGGACUCGAUGGACAAAGGAGUAUUUGCCUAGUCUACAGCAGAGGCAGAAGUGGACCCACCAUUCCAGAAAUUAUCAAGUAGGUGAUCUUGUACUAGUUCUGCAUGAAUCAACACCUCGCAGUCAGUGGCCCCUUGGAUUGGUCAUUGAUGUCAAUGUUGGAGCUGAUGGACUGGUACGUUCAGUUCAAGUAAAGACACAAACAGGUAUUUAUACUCGCCCCAUCCACAAACUAUGUUUGCUGGAAGGGAAUAUGGACAAGUAAGCUCUACAGACUUUCAGCUUGUGUUUUCCAUGAGACUGUUACAAUAGUUGUUAGCCGUGUGUUCAAGAUUAACAGUUAUUGCUCUAAAGUGCAUGUAUUACUGUAUUAUUACAUAGUCGUUCACCAAUUUUACUUGGAUGACCAUCUGUUGAGGUCAUCGGGGCCGGGAUGUUGGUAUCACUCCCUUCCACUAGAGGGCUCCAAUCAUUGUUUACAUUUUUUGGGCUGUCUGACGUGCAAGGAAGAAAGAGACACAGAUAGCCUUUUCAGCUACAGAGAGCCAAACAGAAAAAACAAAGCAGACAAAGAUUAAACCUGUCACUUAACUAUCCAAAUAACAUUGCCCCAACGUGGUAAGUUGAUCUGAUUAUUGUCAAACAUUUGUUUAAUUGUGUAAACGGACGUUGUGUUGUUUUGAAGAUGUAAACUAUAGUUGUUUUGCAUAAAAGUGAAAUACGUUUUCCCGCAUGGGUUUUCAAAGGAGAUAUGUCGCUGUAUUCAAUCAGAAUAUCUGUGAGAUGCACAAAUUCGGUUUAAUUUUGUGUUUAGAUCUGUAAGAUCCUCAUAAUGUGUAAUCUGAUGUGUUGUUGCAUUUGUUUAGAGUAUAAAGCUAAGCGUCUUGACAGUUUAUCAACCUGGAAAAUGUAAUGUUAGAGAUUGUAAAGUGUUUAAAUGCUGAAUUUGAAUCUCAGAGUUAUAAGUGAUUAAUCUAGCACAACCUUAAAUGUGAGUUAUUCAGACGGUUUAUAGUGAAAGGUUCUAAAUUUGUGUUUAUUUGUAUUAUGAUCUUAAAUAUUGUAAUUUCAUUUUAUUUACAGUUUAACCGGCUGUCAUUAGGCUGUGUAUAGCCAGAGGGCAA